AUGGCGUCGAGGACUGGGCUCUGCCGUCGUCGCUGCGAUCAACCACGUCAUCAAAUCCUCACCUCACCGCUUUUCCUGAUCCUCCCGCUCGCGCUCUUGGCGGCUAGCGCGUUACCGCAGGCGCGAGCGGUGACGCGGAAGGACUUUGCACGCGCGGUCAACAAGGUGGCCACAUACGCCGGCAUCCUGUUCUUUUCUCCGGGUUACAAGCUCGAGCAACUCCUGAUGGAGGCGCGUGGCAUCAAGGGGCCGGUUACCGCGCUUCUUCCUGUUCGCGGGUAUUUCGCCUACACUCGUUCGCACCGGAUGGGCAAGGCACAGCUUCGCAAGGUUCGGCGUUACCACUUUCUCAACGGGACGUACAGUUACGAGGAUUUGCAAGGCCUGAUGCGGUACAGUAAGGUCACGACCAUUAACGGGCUGACCAUAACGAAGACGAACAGCAACAAGUGGCCGCUGGUGUGGCUGCAAGGGGCGGCUGGUCCGCCAGCCGUGAUUAUAGAGAAAAACUAUUACCGGGGGCUGUCGCUCACCGUCCACCUCAUAUCGCGGGUGCUAAAACCGAAGCUGAGAUGA